AUGUCGGCAAAAUGGGAUAAUCUCACAAAAACGGAGGAUAUUUCUAAUGGUAAAAAGAACGAAGCAACUUUACAAGAGACCAAUGCGAUUGGAGUUGUCCCAGUCACUGAUCCUAUAAAAUCAUCCAAAGAAAUGAACGAGGUUAAGAAUCUGAACUAUAGAAAUCUGCAAAUUAUAUCACAACCUAAAAAAAUGAAUGAACACUUUUAUCUGAAGUGGGCCAAGAUUCCAGAACGCCCCAUAACCCCGCAAAAUUCAUUGCCAGAGCAAAAUGAGAGGGAAUCUUUGAAAGAGGAUCAAAAGAAACCUUCAUUUGGUUUUCAAAAGUUCAAAACUCCUGAUCUUUUACUUGGAUCUAUGAGCAAGCCACCUGAAACCUCGAUAUCUAAAGUGAAGGUACUGACCAAGGUGACGGAUCUUAGCCUGAGAGAAUACAAGCCCCAUAUACUCCAGGCCAAAAUCUAUUAUCUUUGCAAAAACUAUUCCUUCCUGGUUCAAGCUCUAAAAAAUCGGCAAUAUGAC